CAUGUUUGUUCAAUGAUUAGAAAUAAUAUAUAUAAAAUAAUGACAGAAAAGCAGAAAACCCGUUAUUAUAAAGACACAGAGCAUUUCACAGACAUAUGUGAAGACUUUGACAUGAGUAUAACGGUGGACAAGGAUGAGGAAGACGUCGCUGUUCUGGUUGAAUCUUUGAAAAAUUGCCAAACUUUGGACCCGUACGUCAGGAAAGAAGCAUUUUCAGCCUUGCGAACUCUUCUGUCAAAUAAAAAAUCUACACAAGAUUUUUUCCGAGAGUUACAAGGGGUGGAGCUGAUGAUCUCAAUAUACCAGGAUGGUAAAAAUCAGAAGGAUUUGGAAGUCAUGGAAAACGCCCUCUUCACACUAGGAGUAGCAGUAGAAAAAAAUGAUGUCUCAAGAAAUGCACUUCUAACACCAGAGUUAUUCAAGUUGAUCAAGGGAACAAUGAAAAGAAAGUCAACUUCUUCACUAACAUCAGCAUUUCUUUUGUUGUGCUUGGUAUCAAAUAGUGGUGAUGGUCAGACACUCGCAAGAAAAACAAAGUGCAUUCACAAACUCUGUGAAUUGCUGAAGGAGACUAUUGUUGACAGUAAUGGCACAGAGCAGUUUUGCAAAAUCACCAAUGCUAUAUGCAGUACCUUGUGUGCAGUAAAUAUUGAUCCUAUAAAUGAGACAAACCAAGGGGUCUGCUGUGGACUGAUAAUGCCAUCCAUUGUAAGAUGGCUGUAUUCAGAUAUCAGUAGACAUAGCCUUCACUCACUCAUCAGUUUGCUUGGCUCCUGCAUUAAUGGAAAUAGUAAGACCAAGACACAACUUCGCCUGGUUGGUGGUUUAAGGGCAAUGUUUGGUGUUUUAGAUAAGUAUUCGUCUACAGAGGAAGUACAGAGUACUGAAGACAUCUGCCUUUUGACCCAGCUUAUCAAUACUUUCUCCUGUUCUUAUGUUUCUCAUGAAGCAAACCAACUUCAUGCUAUAGAGCUGGGGGCUGUAGAAGUACUAUUGUCCUGUCUCGUUAAUGCUGGAAUACAACAUGCACAGCUACAGAAAACCUGUAUCACUGCUCUUGUGAGUCUGUUAGACAAUGAGGACUAUGAACUUGGUAAACAGAAGUUUCAAGAUCACAAAGGUGUUCCAGUUCUCAUUGAAAUCAUGGCAGCCAGUCAAGAUGAAAAGCUCAAGAAACUUGUGACAUUUUUGCUACACAAAAUGUGCAGCAAUGAAGGGUUUAACACUCAGCCAUCCUCAGAUGUACUAAGUAAACAAGCUAUGACAGAUUUAUGCACUAACACUACUGACAAUGUGUAUGGAGAGACUCGAAAAAGCACAUUGGAAAGAGACCAAAGUCAAAACCUUGAUUGUGCUUCAAGAAACCUUCUUAUCAAGGAAACAGUAGAUGAAAAUAAUGUCUCUCUAGUUAACUUUUCCAAGAAGAGAGAUGACGAUAGCUCUAAGACUACAUUACAUGAACAUUUCGAAAAUGGGCAUGAAAAGAAGUCACUGGAAUGCAGGUGCAAGAGCACAAUAGAUGUUGACAGUCAUACAGUUCUAACAGUGCUUCUAAUGCAUUCUGAUGUAUGUGAAUACCAUAAAGCUAUUGGGCAUGCAUUACAGGCAUAUAUUACAAGGAAAAAAGAGUUGCUAGCAGCAUCUGUUGAGUAACAGACAACAUUUCAGGGAAGCUAAAAUGACAAACCAGCAACCAUUAACUUAUGAGUAUGUGAGGACAUGUUGUCUCGAAAUCAAACACAACACUUUUUACUCUCUCUGCAAACGGUAUUAAAGGUACUUUCAAAAACUGCAACUCAGUUAAAACCAGACAGACUGUAUUGUUUUUCUUGCAAAUUUUUUUAAUGCAUAGACUGGAUUUGUACAAUAGUCUUAUAAAAAUAGAUAAUCAAAUAUUUGAGUUGCGCUUCCUCCAGGAAGACCCAGAAGAAAAGACUAUUUUCUGUGCAGCUGUCCUUUUCUUGCACCUUGGAGGUCUUGGAGGAAGACCUUCUGCUCCAGGAGGGUGUGGCAUGUGAAUGACGAAGGGUGGUGUAGAAUGCAUGCUAAGUGUAAUGGGGUGAAUAUCAGAUUGAUAACUAGUGAUUAUGUUUGGGCUGGAUUGAGUCCUGCUUAAGGUGGAUUUCUGUAUGUCUCCUUGUUUAGAAAAAUCUUCACUUGUGCCAGAA